UGUAGUGGAGUGGUUUUUUCGAGUGCGGUUUUGGCGGUGAAUCAAAAUUUCGCGCUCGCAUGUGCGCAAAGUGCGAUGUGUUAUUGACGGAUUCGGUUGUCCUGAUUAGCGAAUAUAACAAACAUCAAACAUCAAACAUGUUUAAUCGGAGCUGAAAUAAAUACAUUUGUGGUUUUGUGAAUUAUGGAAGUAAUUAUUGACGUUAAGGUUGAUGAUGUGGGUGAACGGAUUGUUGCGUUAGAAGGAGGUCCACCGUGGGGAUUCAGAAUGCAUGGGAAUUGUGAUAAUGAUAGAGAAUUACAAAUUUCACGUGUCAAUCCAGGGAGUAAAGCAUCAUUAAAAGGUGUACGCGAAGGUGACCUCAUCACGUCGAUCAAUGGCCGCCCCACGAAGGAAAUCACAAAUUCCGAGGCGCACACCCUGCUGAAAAGCGCUGGGGAUCGAUUGGUAUUAGGAUUAAACGAAGACUGCCAAAAUUCUCCGAAACGAAGACAAUACAAAACCAUCCUGCAUCAUCAUCGACAAGAAGUCGUACAUGAAACAUCAAAAACGUCAACAUCUACCAGCCACACAACACUUUUCACCACAAAUGAUCCAAAUUCAUCCACUGGGAAACAAAAUACAUCAAAUAACACUAAUGGCGACCAAGUUAACAUCGAUGAAGAUACACCAGAUGGCGCUACAAUACCUAAAACUAAUGGCGUCGUAGAAAUCAACGAGGUUUUCGAAAAGGAAGCGAAAUCAUCGAUUGAAUCGACUCCAAACGUACGAAGAACAAAUGGUUUAACAUUUGCGAAUAAUACGAAUCCAUUUCGACAACCUGUGAGCCCUGGAGACUUGGAUAAAGCAUUGGAGAGUGAAUACGAGAAUUUUUUCGAGCAACAGGAGGUUGACGAGACGCCGUGCGUGUCAACUGCGACGCCGACGCCAACAUCAGCAGCGACACCUACCUUAACACCCACUUCAAGUCACUAUUCUUCCGACACAAGAGAAAGCAACUCCAAACAGGAAAUAAACUCGAAUGAAGUUAUAGAAGACCAAAAUGGCGUUAACAUCAUCUCGAAUACAUCAAAAGAAGAAUUGAGAAAAACAACAAACGAAUCAGAAACUAUAAAAGAAGAAAUGGUGAUACAGAAAGUAGUAGACAUCACCGGAAGUAAAAAAUUAUUAGAUAUAAUCAUAAAAGAAAAGCUGAACAAUCCGGAAGUUUGCGUGGAGCCAACGAAUUUGAUGGAUUUGACGAAUUUGGAAGAACUUCGCCGAUUGCAUGAAGCACGACUCAAUGCUAAAGAUAAGUCCGAGUGGCUGCAAUUGGUGCGUACGUCACCAGCGGUGCCAAAAAGACAACUUCCGCGCGAGUCGGAAAACUGGGUCAACGACGGCAAGAACUCCGCAAAGCCGCGUACGCCACCCAAACCGGCGCCACGACGCCGACGGUCGCUCCCGCCUGAAUUACAAGUCAAACAAAUGCAAUAUUUAAUCGAGAAAGAGAAACAAAUUCAAGCACAGUUUGACUAUGUCGAAUCUGAGAAACGCAAGUUAUUGAACGAAAUGUUAACACCACGUGCUUGUAAUGUCAAGAAAACAAGACCAACAUCAUUACCACCACAGGAAGAGUUUCGACAGAGAAUGUAUGAAGAAUAUCGCCGACAACUUGCCGAACGCGAAGAGCGUAAGUCCCAGAAAGUUAUCAAGAUAUCACUCAAUGAAAACGAAGAAGUUUUGUCGCCGGCUAUCAAAAUGGCGGACUUUAAUGAUAUUCAGAAAGAGUUUAUGGAUAUUGUUAAUGAACGCAGGCAACAAAAUGGAAAUCAUGCUAAUCACAAGGAUAGUCGUGAGUCAAGUGCAGAGAAGUCAGAUAAUGAUACAGUGUUAGUUUUGGACGGGGUUGAGUUACGUGCGAAGAAAGUACCAAAACAUUUACAAGAGUUUCUAAGCAAUACAGGAGAACAAAAUGGACAUAGUGAAGAGUAUGAUUCUGGUGAUGGUGACGGUAUCUGGAGUCCCGGCCAGAAAUCGUCCUUUGAUCGGACAGAAUUACAACGAGAGUCAACUCAACUUACAUCGCAAGAAUCUUUACGUAGUGACGAUAACGUUGCGCCCAUUUGGACACCGAAAAGUGCUGGUUCUUCGCCAACGCCAGAGCGUAAAGAAUUUCGUCCGGUUAGCUUCGAAUCGCCUGUUCUGCAGCGUAAAAAUCGCACAAAAUCAGAUGGUUCUGCUAAUGCUGAACCACCAUGGAACAAAGAUAUAAAUAGCAGUGUAGACGAGAAGAAACUUCCGACUAGCCAAUCAGCGCCCGGACCUGGUUUCGGCGCUGAUUUCAGCCCACGACUUCCGAAAGCGCAGAAUCCCACCAUUACCCUACUGCAGAAAGCUCGCGAAGGGCAAAUACCGCCGAAGAGUGCGGUUUACAUCGAACAGGAUCGCGCACGGAGGAAAAACGAAUCGCCUUAUAACUCACAAAACGAUUUAAUAUAUAACUUACGAACCGAAUCUAUAAGUGAUUCGGAUAGCGAACGUCCGAAACGUGUUGUGCAUCAUCAGGUGAGACAACCCUACGAAGGUAUAGGCCCUACGACAACUCAUGGCAUGCCCGUCGGUUUGAGAUCCGAAAUCCGAGAUGCUAAUAUGACACAUUGGUACAAACGGAUGUACGAAACGAUACACAAACAUCGCCCAAGCAAAUACGACGACGAAGAAUACGUGACGAUUCGUUACAAACAACGAAAUCGAGCUCGACAACCUUUCGCGACCGGGUACCUCUCAGAACCGGAAGCUGGUGCGUACGACAGCGACGUAGCCCUCUCCGACGACAAGUACGCCACCCUAGAUCGUCGGCGUACCAAUCCCUACGGUGGGAGCUCGUCAAACGUCGCUUUUCAAACCGAUCCAACUGUUUAUAAUCGCUACGCGUCUUAUUCUACAACAACUCUGCCGAAUUCAGUCAACAAACCAAAAACUGCUCUCAAACCAACGUCUUCUCUACGAAAACGUGAGGAAGACACAACAACUAUAAGAUAUAAACCGCAAGUUCAACAGACGCAAAGUGCUCUUCAAUUGAAUAAACCCGGAAAGAUUGAGAAUUACACACCUGGGAAGUCGUCAAUCAGUGAAAGUGAAGCUAAAAAGUGGUGGGACGAAGUCAUGGACAUAUUCGAUGGGUGGCUGGACGAUCAUUCGGCUAUAACGUGUCCAUCGCGUAUGAAUCCAUAUCAUAUUGCUCGUCAGAAUGCUAUGGAGAAACAACAAUUACAACAACAACAGCAGAGACAGAAGGUACCCUUAGUACAACCAAAAGGAUAUUUAAGCCAAGCUUUGAAAGAAUCUGGAUAUGAAAGUGAUUCUACCCUGGUCUUCCGUCGUCGUGAUGAAACCGCCCAGCAGUUGAACCCUCAUGAACAACGUGAGGUUUACAAAAUAAUCCAAAAAGGCGGAGAUGUCCCCCUGCACGGCCUACGAAAAGUUGUCCCAGACAGACCUAAAGAGGAUACACACACGGAAUACAUGCCUAUACGCAGUAGAAGUUCAAGCAAAGAUAAAGAAAGGGAGCAGAUUGUUUGUUUUCCGGUUUUGACUACGUUUGAUAAUGAUACUUUUGCUGCGUAUAAGAGAACAGCUCCUUCAAGUCUGUACAAAAGAGAUUCUACUAAACCUGUUCUGGAUGACAGUAAAAAACGGGUUUCUGUUAAACCAAAACCUCCAAGUCCACCAAGACGUAAAUCAUCAAGGAAUAAUUCUACUUUGCGGAUGAUACACACUGUAAAAACUCCGAAAUCUACUAAAUCCAACUCUCCAGCUUCUUCAUCUGGUACCAAUCGUCAUGAAACUUGUUUUUCGCCAAUUCCGAAACCUCCGAGCAGUGUUAAAAGUUUACGGGAAAAGAUAACAACUAAAUUGUCACCUGUACAAGUGAAAACUGAAGAAAAAAUGAAGAAACGUGUUCCCCUGGUUAAUAAAUGUUACUGCACUCGGAGUAGACCUUGCUCCAAGUGUAGGGAUAAAGAUACCAAAGAUAAGUCACCUGUAGAAGUGAAAAAAGCUGUGAUGAAGCAAAUAAGUGCUAUGAAUGGCAGUAACAGUGCUACGAUUUUGGCGAAAAUCAAUGGAUCACGUAAAACACCUUCAAAAUUACCCAAUAAAAUAGGUGGAUCCAUUGCAGGAUCAAGGAGUACCCUGAAAAGUACCUCGAUGGAUUCACUUAAGUCAAUUAAACAGAUAAAAUCGCCAAAAUCAAAAUCAACCUCCAAAAGUGUUUUAAAAGAAGAUUUGAGUAAGAAAGUAUUGAAAAAGACCAAAUCCAAGAAGGAGUUGUUGAAUACCCAAGUGAAAUCAUCUGGUAAACCUGUAAAAGCACCCUCAAAAGAGGUUAUGGUAGAAAAAGUUGCCUACGUUCCCAAGGCAACUGAACUUAUCAAACAACAACCUGAAGGUUUCUUCCAACAGUUAUUUUUUGGUCCCAAUUAUCCCCUGAAACAACCAUCGGAGAUUAUUCCUUUUGUUUCUUCAGUUGUAACACGGAGAAUCUGUGAUCCUACUUUGGGAGCUCUAAAAAGAUACUUAAGUCAUACUAAACCAGUGAGUGAAUCACGUUUCAAGUAUUUGGAUAUGGUACGUUCCAGAUCCAGUAGUCCCAAGUCCAUUCAAUACAAUGACACUACCCAUGAAAGAAGUAUAAGCCUACCACCAAAGUUGAUCUUCACCCAGACAAGUCGUCCCGUCACACCAACAUUUGAACGUAAAAGAUUAUCAGUCUACAAACCACCAGAAUCUCCAAGAAUUGAAAAGUUGAUUUUUUCACAAACGUCAAGACCUGUUUCUCCUGUGGUGGUAAGAAGAGCAACUACACCUAGUUCCAUUGAUGGUUCUUGGAUAUCUUCAAGGUGUCCCAGCCCAAGUGAGACUCUGUACUUUUCUGAAACAUCCAGACCCGUAUCACCUGUAAUAUUACAAAGGGUACCACCACGUCCCCCAAGACCCAUUUCACCAGUAUACAACCCCCCGGAAUCUCCCAAGGUUAUAAGGUCACCUUCUUAUAGGAGAAUCAAACAGAAACGAUCAAGACCUCAUAGUACCGAGAUAAUGACCAACAGAUCUGAAAGAUUUAAGGAGUUAAAUAAAUUCUAUCAGGAUCUGGAACGUGUGGGACAACUGGAACGCACUUCAUCUUCAAGUGAUCUACGUCCCAGGCGUAAAUUCGAAGAGGAGAUCAUUGAUUACGAUCGCUGGCAGGAGGUACGUCAACGUGAGCGUGCUGAACGUGAACUUACAUCCCUCUACAGACAACUGAAACAAACUCAAGAGGAGCAUGAUUUUUUAUUUAGAACCAAACCUUUGUGCAAAUGGCGGCGUAAUUUGGAUCGCGGAUUGCGGAUCAAAGAACGCUCUGUGGAGAAUCUCCGUGAGGAAUUCGAGAAAAUCCGCAAGGAUCAAAUUGAAAACGAGCGGAAGUUGAAAGAGGAACUUAAUAUUAAACGAGGUGUGUACAAGUCUCUAUGGAGAGGUAACUCUGUGGUGAAUCUAGCACAUACCUUGAAUGAUUCUCAAAGGUCCCAGUCUGAAUCCCGAGCUUCUGUUCGUGAGAGAAUCUCGGAGAAUGAGAAAUUAUUGACGCAUGGUAUUGGUAGUCGUAUCUGGAGCAGUUUGUCAAUGGAACAAGUGAAUAUUUUGAAAAAUCAACUCACGGAAAUUUAUGGGAGUGAUAAUCGUUUUUCGAAGACUAAAACACCAAGUCUAAGUCUACCUAGGAAGAACACCAUUGAAGUAGCACUUGAUAAAAACAAACCUCCAAGGGAGUUAAGAGUGAGGAGGAAUUCAGAUACCAUACCAUCAAAAGAACACAAACCUAUUGAAAAGAGCAAAAGUGCUACUUUGGUUGGUAAGGUUAUGAGUGAGGAGGAAAAGAUGAGGAUAUCACAAUCGUUAUCAAAGGAGAUAUUAAAUAUCCACUUUCGGAAUACCAGGGAUAACGUAAUCAAAGCAAAGGAGACUUUGGGAGCUGUUGCUGCUGCAAAUGCACAGUUAUCCGAAACUUCUUCACCAAGGACCUGUUAUUCCCUAGAAAUGUCUGAAGAUGAAAAAAGGUCGGAUUAUCUUCUAGUUCUUACCAAAAAUGAUUCCAAAACAUACAAGGAUUCAAUCAAUGACACUUUAGAGGUGUGGGCUAAACCCAAACCAGUUGAACCUCAGAUAAAAACGGAUUGUCUCACUUUGAAACACCAAAAAUCUGAAACAGAAAGCACCAGCACCGACGGAUCAACAAAAACAGUCAUUUUUAAUGACCCAGGUGCAAAGAAAGAUAAAAUCAAAGAAAAGGUGACUUAUUUUGAGAAUAAAGACAAAGAAGAAUACACACCUACAAUUUACAAACCCUCUGAUGAACCUGCUGAUGACUUAGGAGACACUUUACUGUUCAGAUCAAAUUUACCAAGGUCCCAGUCCAAUCAGGACUUACGGGAACUUUUCGGAGAGUCCCAGUUGAACCGGAUGGCAACAGAACCUUUAUCCGCUAGCCGGAAGUCAAAAUACACUCGUCCACGUUCCCCGGUUCUUCGCAGUUUGUUCCACAGAGCUAAAAGUUUGUCCCCACAUCGUAAUGCAAUCAAAGUAACAGAUUUGAAGAAAAAAUUUGAAGGUUACUACAAUCAAAGGUAUGCCCUACCUCCAAGACGUUGUGCAAGUGAUCCCCAAUUGAGUAAACUCUUCCAUGAUGGUGAGAAAGUGAAUGAAUUACGUUCCAAGUUUGAAUAUCCGAAGAUAUCCGGUAGGGGGCGCAGCAGGGUCCGGAAAUCCGGUCUGAUAAGUUCCGCUUGUUUGAGGGCUGAAGAUCGUUACAUGCCUCAUAUUAAUAUCAUCAGUAAGAUAGCAACACUUUAUCCAAAGACCCACCGGAAGGAAACUUCAAGGAGUUCGGAGAAUUUAGCGAAGAUUUUGGGUAUACCAGUUGGAGAAGUGCAUAAACUCCGGGAACGUUUUGAUGCCGCAGAUAAACAGAUGUCCAUUCUGGGUCACAUGUUCACCUCAUCGCCGAAUAUCAACGAAUUACGUGAUGUGGCCCAGUAUUUAACCGGAAGUUGGUACGCACAUAAACAUCCCAAAGCUGAAGAAGGUGAUGUGGUACCUAGAGUAUUAAUAAGACCGAAAUCAGCGAGUCCACCACGACACAAGAGUAAACUGGCGUCCAUUUUGAAACUCCCAGUACGUCGACGCACACCGACACAAAAUGGCCGAAGGAAUAUCCAAGAUGUACUCACCCCGUUCAGAUCAUGGUGGACGCCAUCAUCAGCGAAGCAUAGUGUGCAUUUUAAAGAACCCGAGGGGCCACCACCACCGCCACCUAGCGUCGAACAUGAUCCGGAAACUCAAGAAAAUAAUACCAAUGUGGACCUGAAUGCAGAGUCACCGCGUAAGUACGUCGAGAAUGAGGUAACCAUCCAUUACCGGACACCGGUGCGACAGGAAGUAAAGGAAGAAGUGGAUGAGCAUGUGCUCGCUCGACAGCAGGCGGAUGCCAUGCGGAAGAUCUACGAGAAGGACAGACAGCGGAAACAUCAGCAGGUUAGCAGUUAUUCGGAUAAUGAAUUGCUUGAUAGAAGAAGCAGACGUCAUACAGACAAUUUCACACCCUCGCAGAAAUCACCGAUUCCCCUGAAUCGCUACGAUGAUUUCAUCGAGGAAAUGUCAUCCCGAAUGAAGUCACGUCCACGUUCACCGGAACCCCGCCUUGUUGCACGUGCAGUGUACAACUUCGUGGGUCAAUCCGCACGUGAGCUAACCUUUAAAAAAGGCGAUGUUAUCUUUGUCCGUCGACAAAUCGACAAAAACUGGUACGAAGGUGAGCUGAACGCCAUGAUUGGUUUAUUCCCAUCCAACUACGUCGAGAUUGUACCUUAUGAAGGUAUUAAAACAACCACUCGACGUGCUAAUGAAGGACAAGCACGUGCCAAGUACAAUUUCAUAGCACAAAGUCAUCUGGAGUUGUCUCUGGCGAAAGGAGAACUCGUAGUGGUGACACGCCGUGUUGAUGACAACUGGUACGAAGGCCGUAUUGGUGGACGCAAAGGGAUCUUCCCAAUGAGUUAUGUAGAGAUGUUGGUUGAUCCACAAGAAGCUCCCAGCCUACCAUCAAGCAAACCUGUUGCUAGUCCAGCAGCGCAUUCAAUGCUCCUCAAUGGAAGCUCAGGUGGUAAGGAGUCAAUGGGUACACAUAACUAUGUACCAACAUUUCCUACACAAGAUCUUGGUAUGAGCUACCGGGCGAAACCAGUGCAGAUCACCGAUGCAGGCACCUAUGGCUCCCUGAAGAAAAACCCAGUUGAACAGGCGCUGCAUAUUGACAUUCAGAAUGAUCCUGUACCAUACAAAGCAUUAUACAAGUAUCGUCCACAAAACGAAGACGAAUUGGAGCUGUUGGAAGGAGAUGUGGUACAGGUGUUGGAGAAAUGUGACGAUGGAUGGUUCGUUGGUACCAGUGAACGAACUGGUGCAUUCGGCACCUUCCCGGGAAACUACGUGGAGAAGAUUAACUAAAACUGCAACCAAUAUUAAUUGUAGAUGUAUUCACGGUUUGAGAAUCUAGUCAUCGGCCAAAUACUGUUAGAGUUAUUUAUUCGAGGUGGCAGGACAGGAGAUUUGAAUUUUAACACGAAUUGUUCUUCCAUAUACACAAGCAUGACCUUGAGCAACGGUUGCGAAAUAUUAACAGACUCUCACCUCUGGUGCCUUUGAUGUAAUGUCGUAAUUAAUCAAGAAUAACAAGUUAUACUCGAACAAAUCACGAUGGUAUUUUGCGUUCUCGUUUUUCUUUCGGUUUCAUCAUGUAAACAUGUAAAGUAGAAGAUAUUAAUUAAUUAAUAUAUAUAUAUAUAUAAAUUGCAUAUUGUUGACAUCAGUUCAUUAGAAAUUAAUGUUAGUCGAUUGUAAGAGAUUCAGAUGCGUUUGUUUUUAGUGAUUGUUAUAUUUUUGCGUAGAUAUUAUUUAUUCAACUAACGCCAUCACAGCGAAUCGUGUAUUUUGCUCGCGAUUCGUGCACACUGUUUUGUUAAAUAAUUCUAUUCUAGUGCAUUCAAAGCAAUUUAUUAAAAUAAAAACUAAACUAAUA